CAUGACAAGGUGUUUGCUAUGAGCCAAUUGCAUGGCGAUAUAUUAAGCAAGCGAAGAUGUAACGAAGCUGAAGAGGCUGAACAAAAACAUAAAAGAAUCCGGCUUGCAACUCCUAUUCAACCUUACAAUUCUGAUAACCAAGGCACUACACAAGAAGAAUUAACAAGCGACAAUGAGGAUAAUGAUUUGUUUGUUUCUGAAAAUUCACAGUUAAGUGAAAUCUCUCAAAUGACAGAGGUUACGGCUGAAGAUGUAAACGAUGAUCCUGACGUUUUUAGCGAAGAGAGUUGGUUAAAUAUGGUGGAAAAUUGGACUAAUACUGUAGAUGAUGAAGAUAAUUUCGAUCAGAAUGAAUCUUCAAGUAAUGAAACACUUGAAUUUGAAUUAGGUGGACGUAUUACUCAUCCAGCGGAUGAUCCGUUGGCAAAAUGGAAUUUAUUGGAUUUAUUCAAUGAUUCUUUAGAAGCACCC